AUGGCACACAUUUCGAUGGCCACCCGCGGCCUGUUAGACAUCGAGGAUAGGAACUGGGAUAAAGCCAUCAUCAGGCUCUCAAAAGCUCUACAGGGAUCCCCCAACCCAGCGUGGCUGCUCGCCCGCUCCAAAGCCCUCGUCAGCGUCGGCAGAUUCGAAGAAGCACUUGACGACGCUAAUCUCGCUUUUCACAACGCGUAUGAUCGGAACAAGCGAGAUCUCAUGAUUGAAGCACACUAUCGUCGAGGCGUCGCCUACUUCCGGCUGGGUCAGUACGCCAACGCCGACUGUUGCGCCAUGUAUUCCAUGCGUCUGGUUCAUGGUCAUGCCGCACUUGACAAGGAAGAUAUCAGGAAAGAAAAUUCUGAUGAAAAUGGAUUCUGGAAAGCAAGCCUCAAAGAGGCUACCGACGAAGCGAAGGAGGAAGCUGGCACUCGAGUUUACCAAGAAGGGGCACUGAUGGGCACUCCACCACCCCAUGCUGCGAUAUGGCGUCAAGCGAGUAGCCUUCGUCUUCAAGCUCUCGCUGCCAUGAACAGGCUACCUGCUGAUGAUGAGGGCCGGAAAGCGACAGUGUCCUUGCAGCCGGAGCGCAAAGAGCUUGCGGCUCUGCAGGCGGACGAGAAGAUUGAGGAGGUAUCCUAUGUCGAGGAACCAGUCGUGGUUCUUCCAACUGAUGGGCCCCCUCGCCUGCAGGAUUACCAAACCAGGCUGUAUAUUUCGGUGUCCAUCUUCAGCAAAGGGCUCAACGAGGACAAACUGCAUGUGGAGUUUCUCCCAGACUCUGUGCACUUGAAUUAUCUGAUCUAUCCAAACGGAGAGGAGAAAGAAUUCCUUCUCGAGACAUACGGCCAAAUCGACCCAGACAACUCGAGAUACAAUGUUACGCCCAGCAAGAUCGAGCUACGACUGGCCAAGAAAGUGCCCGGAAAAUGGCCACAAAUCACCAAAGAUAAGUCAGAAGCCAAAGAAGCUGCCGAAAACGACAAAGAGCUCCAAGCACCGGAGGAGGCAAGAAAGCGAGCCAUGGACGACGCAGACGCCAAGGCAAAGGAGACCAAGGCCGCGCCGGCAGCCGAAACUGGAAAUGGGAAUUCGCCUCCCGCACCUCCCGCACAUGACCAUGCUCCCGCCCAUGCAUACCCGUCUUCAUCUCGCUCUGGCCCCAAGAACUGGGACAAGAUUGGCGAAGAGGAAGACGAAGAAGAUUCGAGUGUUAAUGACUUCUUCAAGAAGCUGUACAUGGGCGCGACUCCAGAGCAACAAAGGGCCAUGAUGAAGAGUUUUGUUGAGAGUAAUGGCACAAGUCUGAGCACGGAUUGGAAUGAUGUGGGUAGUCGUACGGUUGAGACUGUUCCGCCGGAGGGAGUGGAAGCAAAGAAGUGGUAA